UGGGGCAUUAACAAGGUUAAUGUCCAGAGCGACCCGCCGGUCUCCCAAACCCGAUAUUUUCCAACCGUUAACUCUUUCCUCUCUCUCUCUCCCCCCACAUCACACAGACAGAGAUUGCAUUUGCCAGUGACAGUGUGAGUGAACAUCACAGAACACUGGAACACAUCAAGCUUCAUUCAUGUUCGUUGCUCUCACAUAAUGUUAAGUUACAGACCACUUCCUUUUUGUUUCCUGCUCACAAUUUUCUUGUCCACUUCCUGUCUGUUGUCACACCAAGCUUCAGGGACAGAAAAUGAGGGAAAGGAUGUAGUAGGCCUUUCUCGGUUGUAUGUAUUUGCUGCUGCACCGUUUGAGAGCUCGCCCCUUCCCUUAGCUGCUGAGAGAACACGAAGAAAAGACCCCCUUGAUGGCUUCAAUAAGUACAUUUAUGGAUGGAAUAUCACUAGCAGUGAUUAUUGGGCCUCUGUGGCAUAUACCGCAGUUCCUUUGUUCAGUAUUGCAGCAGUCUGGUUCUUGGGCUUUGGCUUGUGCUUAUUGAUCAUUGGUGUUUGUUACUUCUGUCGUAAAAGAGAGCCAUAUGGUUAUUCACCAACAUGCUAUGCCCUUUCCCUUAUUCUCCUGAUAUUAUUCACAUUUACAGCAUUGAUUGGAUGUGCAGUUCUCUACAUUGGCCAAGGAAGUUUUCAUCAUAGCAUGACAAAUACAUUGCAGUAUGUGGUGCAUCAAGCUGAUUCUACUGUGGAUAAGCUUAGAAAUGUGUCAGAUUAUCUUGCUCAAGCUAAGCAGGUUGGAAUCGAUCGAGUUUUUCUCCCCACAAAUGUUCAAACUGAUAUUGAUCAGGCAGAAACAGAUAUCAAUAACUCUGCUAGCAUCCUUGCUGAUAAGACAAAGGAGAACUCAGACAACAUACAUGAUCUCUUAGAUUCUGCGACGCUGGCUCUUAUCAUAAUAGCUGCUGUUAUGCUAGUCUUGACAUUUCUUGGAUUUUUAUUCUCAAUAUUUGGCAUACAGCUCCUUGUCUAUAUCUUGGUAAUCGCAGGAUGGGUCCUUGUUACUGGCACCCUUGUAUUAUGUGGCUUGUUCCUUGUUCUCCAUAAUGUGACAGCAGAUAGUUGUGUAGCUGUGAAUGAAUGGAUCCAGUAUCCGACUGCACAUACGGCUAUGGACGAUAUUCUGCCCUGUGUGGACAAUGCCACUGCACAAGAAACAUUGUCACGAAGCAAAGAAGUAACUUCUGAACUAGUCAAUUUGGUCAACCAGGUUAUCACCAAUGUCUCCAACUUAAAUUUCGCCCCCAAUUUCACUCCACUCUACUACAAUCAAUCUGGUCCCCUCAUGCCACUCCUCUGCAAUCCCUUCCAUCCUGACAUGACAGAUAGACAAUGUGAUGCUGGUGAAGUCACCCUAAGCAAUGCAACACAGGUGUAUGGCAAUUUUGUGUGCCGGGUUUCACCAUCUGAGAUAUGCAUGACACAGGGGCGUUUGACCCCUACCUUCUAUAACCAAAUAUCUGCUGGAAUAAACGUGGGCAACUCCUUGUAUAAUUACGCUCCCUCCCUGAUUGAGCUACAAGAUUGCACCUUCGUUCGAGAAACUCUAAGCGACAUAUCCAAGGACCAUUGUCCUGAUUUACGGCGUCAUAGUAGAUGGAUCUAUAUUGGAUUGGUAAUGGUCUCUUUUGCUGUCAUGUUCUCCUUGAUCUUCUGGAUCGUGUAUGGGAGAGAGAGGAGACAUCGUCUGCAUAGAAAAGAGUCAAAGGAUUUGAUUCCUGCACAUGCACCAGCACCAGGACAUGCAUUAGCAUUGGUCCAGAUCCCUGAAGGAUAAUUAAGCAAAAACUAAUUGAUAAUGAUGUUGUUAGUUGGUGGAUGAACAUGUGUGAACUAAGUUUAGCUUUUUCCGGUGUUGGGUGUAUAAUGUUGUAGCUUCUUUGUAUGGCACACUAGUGUUUAAUGAAAUGUCAUUAUUUUACGUGACCCGAUGAAAAAGGAGGAAUCAGACAGAAGACAAGGCACAAACAGAAGGAUAGGGAGCUUCUUGUCUGUUCUUCUGUGGGGGGAAAAUCAUUAGACCAGCCUGGCAGGUCUUAGAUGUUGGACAGUGUUUGGAGUUUGGAGGUAAGUGUAACCUACAUGUUCCUGAAAAUGUGUGAAAAGCCUGAUCAGAAUGUAGGGAAUAGGAACCCAUCUUGACUGCAUUUUGUGCAGGUCCUCUUUCAUUUUGAGGGUGUCUAAAUGCUAAGAAAUGCCUCAUAAUUCUGUUUUUA